GCAGUUUUACAUUUCAAACCGUAAAUUUGAAAAAAAAAAAUUAAAAAAAUAAUAUAAGGGUUAUUCCUCGUAACAAAAAUUAUGUAGUAUUUAUAUAAAGCAUAGCAUAUAAACACAAUUGUGUUAUUUUAUUUUAAUUUUUAGAGAGAGAGAGAGAAAAGAUUGAUUAAAUUGCAGAAAUGGAGAAGAAGAAAGUGAUGGUAGCAAUUGACGAGAGCGAUUGCAGCCACUACGCACUUCAAUGGGCACUCGAUAAUCUCCACCACACCAUUCUCGAUUCCAAACUCGUAAUCUUCACCGUUCAAUCCACCGUCGAUCUCGGUUACAUCUUCGCUUCAUCUUACGGCUCUGCUCCUCCUGAGUUAGUAGUUUCGAUCCAAGAGAGGAACAAGAAAGUUGCUGUAGCUCUUUUGGAGAAAGCUACAGAAAUUUGCUCUAAACAUCAGAUUGAGGCAGAGACAUUAACAGAAGUUGGUGAUCCAAAAGAAAAAAUAUGUGAAGCUGUGGACAAGUUCAAUAUCCAAUUAUUGGUUAUUGGAAGCCAUGGUCGUGGAACCAUACAAAGAGCUUUACUAGGAAGUGUGAGCAGUUACUGUGUGAACCAUGCUAAGUGCCCUGUUUUGGUUGUGAAGAAAAAAGAUUAAUUAAUCAGGUUGCAUAUUUUGAUGAACAUGAUUUUUAAUAUGUAAGACAUUGAGUAUUCUGAUAAAUCAAAUAAUUAGAUCAAUAAAUUACUACCCUGUAAAUAUAUUUUGGUUGUGUUGUGUUGUGUUUGUUUUACUCAAUUCUCUGUUAUGAGUCCAUUUUGUUUUUACAAACUCUAUUUUUAGUUACCAAUUACUUUACUAUAUAAUAAAGCAAAUUUUAUGGAAAAA